AUGAGGUUCGCAGUUGAGGAGAUAAACAACUCGAGCUCUCUUCUGCCAAACGUCAGUCUGGGGUAUGAGAUAUUUGAUGAUUGUGCAAUUACCAUCGAUAUCCAGGGAUCAUUUGCUUUUGUGUCAAGACCUCCAGAACAUGUGGUGGAAACAGACCAGUUUGAUCGCAGAUAUCAAUCUUUAGCCUCAGUCCUGAUUGGUCCAUUGAAAUCAGAUGCUGCUAUCAUCACAGCCAACAUUGUCAGGUUGUUCGAUGUUCCUCAGAUUAGCUAUGGAGCCUCCAGCGAGGAACUGAGUGACAAGACAGAAUAUCCUAAUUUUAUGCGAACCAUCCCAAAUGAUGAGAAUCAGAUUGAAGCAAUUGUUCUAUUGAUCCAGAAGUUUCGGUGGAAUUGGAUCACAGUGAUUGGAAGCAGCAGUGACUAUGGGGAGACUGGAAAACGCAAAGUUAUCUCGAGUGCCAAUGCAGUGGGAAUCUGUGUGGCGUCUUAUGGCACAAUCCCACAGAAUGAAUCAGAGUCAAAGCAGGAAAUCAUCAACAUUAUUGACACCAUCACUGCCAAUAAUGUCAAUGUUGUCGUCAUGUUCACUGACAUCCAGCAUGCAGAAUAUUUCUUCCAGGUGGUGGUGGCUAUGAACAUCACUGGAAAAGUCUGGAUUUUAAGUGAAGCUAUAUCUAUCAAGAGAAGACUUUCAGCAAUUCCCAACAUUAAGACAAUUGGCACUAUCUUAGGGAUUGCAGUAAUGCAGGGCCACAUGCCAGGAUACAAUGAAUUUGUAUUAAGGGAUAUCAUUACUUUAAAUUCUGGUAUGAAACAAAGCAUAAACUACACUGAUCCACAGCAGGAAAGGCGAGACUGCACAGAUAAUACCUUCAUGGCCACCUAUAACCAAUGCGUCCCAUGCAAGACUGAUGGUGUCAAGUCACUAUUGGAGUAUUCAGAGUGGCGCAUUGAGUUUAAUGUGUACUCUGCUGUGUAUGCUGCAGCCCAUGGUCUACAUCGAUUACUUCAAUGUGAUUCAGGAAACUGCAAGAAGGAAGGUGCCUUCCCAUGGCAGCUUCUUGAAACUCUGAAGACAAUCAAUUUUUCCCUAAACGGAAUGCCAAUUUCUUUUGAUGAGAAUGGAAACCCUCCAACAGGAUAUGACAUCAUUUACUGGGAUUGGAAAAAUGAGGUCGUUUCCUUCACAGCAAUUGGAUCAUACAAGUCCAAACCUGGACGGCUUCAAAUUAAUGGCUCCUUGAUCAAAUGGAAUUCACAAGAAGGCAAGAUUCCUACUUCAAACUGUUCCGUGGAAUGUGAACCUGGCCAGAUAAAAGUUACCGUUGGUUUCCAAACAUGUUGCUUCAUAUGCAAGGAUUGUGUUGAGGGAACAUUCCAGAAUGAAAGUGGUUUGUAUAAAGCAGUUCCUGCCAAGAUGGUUUCUGUCAGAAAGGGGCCAGAGAAAGGAAUGGAAGAGUGUAUACCUUGUGACUUAAACCAGUGGUCACCCUCAAAGAGCAUGAUUUGCCAUAAUAGAUCUACGAUGUACCUGAGAUGGAAUGAGAAUAUUUCUAUUGUGAUAGCUUUGGUAACAGGAUUUGGACUGAUUCUGAAAGUAUUGAUUGGUGCCACCUUUGUCAUUUAUUUUGACACUCCCAUUGUCAAGGCCGCAGGAGGGAAGUUGUGCUUUGUCCUUUUAUUGGCAUUAUUUGUCAGCUGCAGCAGCGUGUAUUCCUUCAUUGGGGAACCUGGUCCUGGGAUUUGUAUCACUAGGAAGCUGUUAUUUACAGUGGGCUACACAACUUGCCUGGCAUGUCUACUCGUGAGAUCUUUUCAGCUUGUGCUCAUCUUCAAAAUGGCUAGCAAGUUGCCAAAAGCUUAUAAUUAUUGGGUUAAAUACAAUGGGCAGUACAUCUUUAUAUUUACAAUGACUGUUAUUGAGCUCAUAUCAUCCUUCUCAUGGAUAUUCUCUAAGAUUCCAAUUUUUGAGAAGAUCAAUGAUAUUUCCAAAACUGAAAGCAUUCUGUUGUGUGGUCCCACAAAUCUUCUUUAUUCACUCCUGUCUGUUUGUGGACCUGUUUUUCUAUGUUUGCUUUGCUUUAUGUUUUCCUACCUGAGUAAGGAUCUUCCCAAAAACUACAAUGAGGCUAAAUAUAUCGCCUUCAGCAUGGCAGUGGUCUUGAUUUCCUGGAUCUUCCUGUUUUUGGUGAUUUUCGCCAGUCCGAACAAUUUUGUAUCUCGUAUUGAAGCAGCUGUUGUUCUUCUGAAUACCUAUUCCAUCACUAUCGGGUAUUUCUUUCCAAAAUGUUACAUCAUCCUCCUCAAACCAGAGCGCAACACCACUGCGUUUUUCCAAACAUGUAUCCAACAAUACACCAGGAACAGGGAAACUCCUCAACCAUAG